AAAAAUAAAUAAAUAGCAUGUUUUUCUCACAAUUUCAUCAGUUACCUCUUUCACUGUAAACCCAGAAACUACAAACACACAACUAAAAAACUAAUAAGAGAACCCCCCAAAAACAAAUAUAUUAGAUUUGAUGGCAGCAAAAACCUCUGAGAUAUGCCUGUUGAGAGCCAUGGACAGUCUAUGGUUUCACCAUGUUAUCCUCUUCUCAAAAAGAUCCAUGCUUGUUCUUCAUGAAAUCCCCAAAAGGCCCCUGCCCACCUCAGAAUCACCUGACCAUUCAUCCAAAAACAGCUCCCAAAUUUCAGUAAUGUCAGAGCAAGAAUUUUCAUCAAUCACUUCUGUUUCAAAUGGCUCACAGGAUGACACAAUCGAAAAGAGACCAACUAGGCUAAACCUAAUCCUCGCACCGACCAAGACGAGGUCCCAUUCCUCGUCGUCGCUACCCCACGAAAAAUCAAGAAAAUCGAAACACAGACACUAUUCGGCGAGUGGGCUGCAGAAAACGACGAGCCUGAAGAGCUUGGAGGAGCUCGAGCUCGAGGAGGUGAAGGGGUUUAUGGACUUAGGGUUUACUUUCAAAGGGGAGAAAUUGAGCAAGCACCUGGUUAGGCUGAUCCCGGGAUUGCAGAGGAUCGACGGCGACGGAGGCGCCGCCGCCGGAGACGAUAUCGAGGAGGAGAGUAGUGGGGUUGUGAUGAGGCCGUAUUUAUCGGAGGCGUGGCUCGUGAAAAGUGGCGGCGGCGACGAUUGUGAGUUGCCGGUGGCGAGCAGGGUUUGCACGGCGGUGGAUAUGAAGAUGCGGCUGAGGUAUUGGGCACGCAGAGUCGCGAUGGCUGUGCAGCGCGAUUUAUAACGUAAUUAUUGAAAAUAAUGAAUUGUAUGAGGAUGCUUGGAUACAAAUAUUUUCAAAAAAAUCCCAACAUUUUUAACGCCGAAAAUUAGUGAAACAACAUAAUUUCAGAGGAUAGGAAGGGACAU